UGUGGGCUUGGUAUAAAUCCUGAGAAAUGGAAUCUCAUAUUCUCAGUCCGCUGCUUUGCUGAAGUGUUUGUGUCGCAACAAUUAGUCAGUGAGGACCAUGAAGUUGAUCAUUAUAUCUCAAAUUUUAUGCAUAGCCUUGUCGUCUGUCUCCAGCCAUCCGCAUCUCUAUAACACAUACCUGAAGCUUCUCCGAGCCCCGUACUACAACAGCGUCUCCAACUAUGCCAGCCAACUACCACACUACUCACCCCUCGUCCCCACAUUCUCAGACAUCGCUGAAGAUUCAGCCCUUUCCGCAUACCUCUCAACCCCCGACAUCCUCCCAAACUUGAAUGUCCUAGCCGAAGUACCAUACUCCAUCACCAACAAAUUCACAGUGGUACCCAUGUUCGUAGUAUCCAAAAACAACAUGAACACGGUAUCAAAAGGGCACAUCAUGGGUGUGUCCAAGAAGAAACCCGUAGUGACCAUCAAAACAGACAGGAAUCAGCUCCUCCAAUGCACCCCGGCUGUCAAAAUCGUCCUAGAGAAACCCAUCACUGUGUACACUUUGAAAACCAGCGUUCUCUUCCCUUCGGAGAUCCAGAUCGUGCACGAAGGGCUGAGACUCCCGAUCAGGGUCGGCGCUGUCAUUGCUCCAGUUAGAUACGACACGUUCAUUUCUGUGGAUACCCCGGUUGCUAUCAAUGUGGUGUACGCCGUACCUACCAGACCCAUCAACUUCGACUACGUCAACCAUGACGGAGUUCUUGAUUUACCCGACAACCAGGCCGUGGUGGUGGAAAGCGAACCGUUUUUGCCGCCCAAGAAUGUCACUAUUAUUGAUUUCCCGGAUAAGGAGGCCGAGCCCGUUUUGACCAUCGACGAAUCGGAUGAUGAGUUGGUUAAUCGCAACCCGCCCAUCUUGUUGGCUCCUGCUGGUAUUGUGCAGUCCACGCAGCCCUUCACUCACAUCGAGCAGUUCACAAACUCCAAGGAGUCCCCGGUGCUGAUAGCCCUAAGGGAAGAGGCUUUGAAGAAGCGGAUUUAAAGAUUUUGUUUUGAUUAAAGAAGGUUUAAUGAAUUUCUGAUGAGGAUUUCACGGUGUCGUGAGAGUUCUUCCCAAAUUGUCAAUAAGUUAGAGGCUAGGUUUUUAUUUAAUAAAUAAUUUUCCUUGUAGGUACUACGUAUCAAAAAUUGAUGUCUUAACAGUUUCAUUGCUAUAGGAUAAUUUUGUGUGAGAUGUAUUUUUGUUGUAUUAAUAAUACACUGCCAUACUAAAAUUUUACAUUGUGACAAUAGACUUUCAGUACGAAGUGUAGUCAGUAUAAUAAAAAUAUGAUAGUAUA